ACACAAAAAUGCCUCCUGGCUCGUGGGAAGCAGGAUCUCGAGGAAGGCAGCAGUGGGAGUGUGAGUGAGGGUUUCACAGCCUGCUCCCCAGCCGGCUGCCGAGGGGCUGAGCUGGUGCUUCUCGGCAGCGAGAGAGACAAAUGCUGAAUUUCUCACAACACAGCACAGAAUCCCUCAGGGGGAGGCACCUCCAGCAUGGCCCAGAAAAACCAAAUUGGUGGGACUGAGAAAAAUGGGUCCUCCCUCCUCUACUGUAAGAGUGAUUUAAGAGAAGAAUCCCUGCAGUGGGUGACAGAACCCCUCAAAGACCUGGUGCUCCUGGUGCUCAGCAUGGACAACACCUGCUCCACCUCCUGCUUCGACGUGGAGCUUUGUGCAGAGAAGCUGAAGGCCCUCGGGGUCCAGGUGCCAGUGGAUCAGUGGAAAAACCUGAUCCAGGAUGGUGUCCUGAAGCCUGAAGUGAGGAGGUACAUGUUCUACAACUCCAGGGCGUUCCAGAUUGCCAUCGCCGUGGUUUUCUACGUGUCUCUCUGGACAAACCUUUACUCCACACUCCAGCUGUGUUCCUUUGGGCGCUACUGGGUGUCCAGUGUGCUGGUGACCUUGGCUGCUGUGGCAGUCACUGUGCUGGUCAUCCUGGUCAUUGAUCGGCGCCACAGGAAGAUAAACGUGAACACAGAUGUGAGGCUGGCAGCUGUCAAUGAAAUCUUCAUCAAGCACAGUUUAAUUCUGGGGAUUACAGAUGUCCUGGAGGGGCCACACAACGUCCUGCAACUGUGGUUCCUGCACUUCAGCCCCGAGCGCUGCCUGCGGGCUUUGUCCUCCCACCUCACUCAGCUGCAGAGGAUGGGACAGGCAGGAUUGAGGCACAGGCUGGACAAGCUCUGUGUGGUCAUGGAGGCAGCAGUUCAGCCCGACCUGGGAACAGAGGAUGAGGAGGCUCCAUGUGAAGAGUCCCCUCUUUUAUCCAGUGGGGAGAACCUCAAUAAAAAGCCUGUGACAUGCAAUGAGCUGCUCUGCCUUGUCCCUGAGGGCCCACCAGAGGUGAUGGCCCAGCAGCUCCUGGUGAUCUUCAGCGGGUGCUACGUCCGGCUCCUGGUCACUGGGCAGCUCCCUGGGGCCGUGGCAGGGGGGCACCUGGAGCACAGCCCCCUGCCCUGUCUCUGCCAGUUCAUCCAGACCACCGUGCUCGACUCACACCAGAGCUGGUUCCCAGGCAGGUGACCCCCUGAGGGGGCUGGAAAACGACCAAAAUAAAAGCUGUCCCUUCCACACCAGUGGGGCAGAAGAGAGGGCUGUGAUCCCUCGUCCUGGAUUUACCCAGAUGAACACGUGGACUCCAAUAAAACAUGCAAGACACUCCCAGAAAGCUGCUUGCCUUGGAGACCUGCCUGCCCCUGGCUCACUGAGAAGGAGCUGCCCCAGGGGAUCAGAAGCAAUCCAGGGACAGGCUGGAGCUCCUGUGGGACAUUUCUCACUGCUCUUACCUGGGGGAGGCUCAGAGAGCCACAGGGAACAGCCCCAGGUGCCAGUCCCACGCCUUUGGAGUGAAGCACGUGGGAGUUUUCAGCAGCAGGAAGACAGGGAAACGCUGCCUGGCGGUGCUGGAAAUGUGAUACUUGCUCUGGGUUGUGUUUGUGUCACGCAGCUGUCGGUGACAGAGAGCUCUGCCCUGUGACAAACACGGGCAAUGCCUCAGCUGAUGACUCAGCACACUUCCCACUUGGGAACAAGGUGGGGAUGGUGCUCAGGACCUGCUGCUUCUGCUGCCUCCCCUGGCAGGGAGGUGAUGGGCAUGGACUCACAGAGUUGGAAGGGACCCACAAAUAUCAUCGAGUCCAACUCCUGGCCCUGCACAGGCCCAUCCCCAAGAGUCACAUCUCAUAGAAACACUGAAUGGUUUGGGCUGGAAGGGACCUUAAGCUCAGCUCUUUCCAACCUUUCUAAGACAUUCAGGUGGCUGCUUGUGCUGGUGUGACCACCCAACCCCAGUCUGGUGGUGACAGCUGUCCCAGGGAGUGGCAAUGUCAGAAUAAAGAGCCCAAGGUCUGUAUUUUCCAGCCUGUCCUCCCUCCUU